AUGGCAGAUUCAAUGUCUUACCACAGAUCAAAAAUGUCGCCUGCUCGUAUCGUGGAUGACUCUCAAAAGGUUGGAGGAAGAGGUGUGAGAAGAGAAUCUUCCACUGCUACUCUUUUGACUCGGGAACAGCAACUUAAAGAAGAGAUUGCAAGACUACGAAGAGAAGAGCAGGAGCUGAGAGAGAAGGAUCAUUGGGUCAAGCAAAACAUUGUUGCUGUCAGAGAAAAGAUGGCAGCCGAAAGAAGACCUUAUUAG